UUACACCUUUAAACAAGGUUGAAUUAGAGGUUGUAAUUGUUGUAAUGACUUUUUUUUUAAUUCCUUCUGAGACGAAGAGAAUAUGUCAAAACAGUUGUCAGGAGUUACGAUUGUAAUAUUUAUAGCUGCUGGAGUCCAAACAAUAUUAUUGUUAUUUAUAUUUGCAAAAAGGCAAAUAAUGCGAUUUGCUCUUAGAUCUCGAAGAGGUCCCCACGUUCCAAUCGGUCAUGAUACAAGAAAGUCAUUGAAAAAGGAAAUGGAGAGACGAAUUGAAGUAAUUCCUAAAAUACAAUACGAGCCACAAUUAAUUAGUGAUCCGAGAUAUAUAAUGGUAUCUGGAAAUCAAGUUCCUCCUCAUUAUUACAGACUGAAAGCCGUUGAUGAUAUCAAAUCAUUAGAAACAGAAAUCAGUCGAUACGAUAAUGGCUUAAAGAGACAUCCAACUGAAAAUUUAAGAGCAUUUUUGCUCUCAACAUUAGCUGCACCUUUAAAUGGAAGUAGCCAGAGAUUAGUUCACCAAUUCUGCGAUCUUUAUGAACAGGCUCGUCACGACCCUACAGAGUUUGGUGAUGAAGAAUAUCAAGUUUAUACUCGUUUAUUAAUGAAAUUAACAGAUGCAGCAAGACUUUUAAAAUCUUAUCCAAGUAGUCGAAAAUCGAGUCCAAGUAGAACACCAAUAAAAAAAAUUACCGAUGUUAAAAGAAGCGCACUCGAUCCAAGAUUACGACACCCGGAGGAACAAAUUUUAUGUGGUUCAAGACCCAAUACGCUAACAGUUUUGUCUUUAGAAAAUAGCGAAACUUCAGUCUAGCAUUAUGUUUAUCGUCACAUAUAAUGAACUGUGACGAUUUAAGUCUUCUCUACUUUGUAAAUAUAUGAAAAUAAAUUAUUCUUUUUUAGAAAAAAGAA